AGUAAUUAUAUGUUAGUAAUAUUAUUUUUUAUUUUUCUAAAACCAUAAAAUAAAUUAUCUAUCUAACAAGAUCUAUUAUGCAUGAAUUAAAUUGUAUAGUAAAAUUAAUUUAAAUUGAUAUUAUUUAAUAUUAAUAAAUAAUAGUAUAUUAACUUUCAAUUAAUAGAAAAUCUCAAGUAAUAGAAAAUCAUAAAAUUUUUAAAUUGUAACUAUUGAUUUCUCCCUUAUAUGUAUACUUAUCAAAUACCAUAACAUUUUGUAUUCCUUUUCUUUUGAUUAUAUACAAUUUAUUGCAUUAUUAAUAUUUUCUAAAAUUAUUAAUAGUUUGAUCAUUUGAAUUUAUUAUUAUUUUAUUGAUUAUAUAAAGAAAUAUGUUUAACUCAUAAAUUAAUUACAUUUAGAUUAUAAUUUAAUACUAUUGAGAUAUUCUUUACUUUAAGAUAAAUUUCGUAAAAGAAUUAUAAUAUAACAAAUUACACUAAUAACAUUGAAUUACAAAACAAGAAUAAUAUUAAAAUAAUUUCAUUAUCUAAAAUACAUCAUAAAAGCUAACUAUGAAGAGUAAGUUAGCUUUACAAUUGAGAAACACAAAAACUUCUAUACCCAAAAAAUGAAGAAAGUGUUCCUUAACUUUAUGCUAUUGUCUUUUCUUCUUGAUGUUGCCUUCCAUCUUGCAAAUGGAGCCGAGGUGAACCAUCAAGCGCAAUGUGACUCAGACCUUGAGUGUUACACCAUGCGUAGUUGUCUAACAGGUCCAGGAUAUUGCGACAAUGGAGUUUGCAAGUGUCCUAAAUUACAAGUUGUGGAUACAAAUGGAGCGGUUGUGAAUCAUCUAGGGCAAUGUGACACUGAUCUUGAGUGCUAUACCAUGCAUUGUGACAGAGGUGACGGUUAUUGCGAUCACAGCAACGUCGAUGGAGUUUGCAAGUGUCCUAAAACAUGCACCUCAAACCCUGAGUGCUCUGGCAUGGGUUGUGACACAGGUCGAGGAUAUUGCAACAACGGAGCUUGUAAGUGUCCUAAAUUACAAGCAGCGGAGACGAAGAAACACACAAAUGGAGUCGAUCUGAAUCAUCUAGGGCAAUGUGACACUGACCUUGAAUGCUAUACUAUGCCUAGUUGUAACAGAGGUAAUGGUUAUUGCGAUCAGAAAGACGGAAAGUGUAAGUGUCCUAAAUAGAGACACAAAUAAACAUGAGUAGAGCAUAUAUGAGUCUUAUGUUCCCGACUUAAAGCAAUUUGUAUCAAACUGCCCAAGUAAGAUAUAUGUAUCCCAAAAGAUUAUAAAUAUAUUAUUAAAAGACUAA